GCCGCCCCGGGGAGUCACGAUCGCCGCCCUCAAAGGGGACGAGCGGGGCCGGCGCUCGGCCCGCUCGGGGCCGCCCUGGGGGAAUCGCGAUCGCCGCCCUCAAAGGGGACACCCCGGGCCGGCCCGGGGGAGUCGCGAUCGCCGCCCUCCGAGGGGACGAGCGGGGCCGGCGCUUGAUCCGCUCGGAGCCGCGCCGAUCACCGCGGCACCGCCUGGAGUCGGGGGCUCGGGAUGAGAGGACAGCUCGUGGGCUGUAUAAUUUGAGAUUUGGAGCUGAUGUGGAAAACACUCAGAAUGGAAGGGAAACUCCCAUGUCUCCUUCUGCUGGUGGGAGCAAUCAUGACUGCCCAGUGCCAGGGCUUACGCACGCGUUUCAAACGAGGAGCCAGAUCCAGAGCCAUUUGCACAGAUAAUUCAUCUGCAGAAAUUUACCAACACGGGGGGAUCUGGCUGAGGCUUUCAGGGAGCAGAAUAGAAUACUGUAGGUGCGACAGUGGUCGGAGUUGGUGCCACACUGUGCCUGCCACAGUCUGCACUAGAAAUAAAUGCUACAAUGGGGGCCAAUGUUCACAGGCAUAUUAUUCCCCACAGCUCUUCAUCUGCCAGUGCCACCCAGGUUUCUCAGGGAAGCAGUGUGAAAUAGAUACUGAAGUUAAAUGCUACAAAGACACUGGAGUAACAUACAGGGGUACCUGGAGCACAACAGAGAGCGGAGCUGAAUGUUUAAAUUGGAAUAGUGAUGGCCUGGUGAACAGGAGGUACAGUGGCCACAGAGAGGAUGCUGCUGAGCUGGGACUGGGCAAUCACAACUAUUGCAGAAACCCAGAUGAGGAUUCCAGACCUUGGUGCUACAUCUACAAAGGGGGAAGGUACACCUGGGAGCACUGCAGUGUGCCCUCCUGUUCAAAAGUUAGGAACACCAACUGCAGCUCUGGAAGAGGCACAGAUUACCGUGGCAGCCACAGUGUCACCAGCUCUGGAGCCACCUGCUUGAAGUGGAAUUCUCUAAUCCUCAUCAGCAAGGUGUACACUGCUUGGAGAAGAGAUGCUUACCAGCUGGGCCUUGGUAGUCACAAUUUCUGCAGGAAUCCUGAUAAUGACAGCAAGCCCUGGUGCCAUGUCCUGAAAGGGAAUCAGCUCACCUGGGAGUUCUGCAAUGUGCCUAACUGCUCCACCUGCGGCUCGCGGCAGCGCAGGGCGCGGCAGUUCAGGAUCAAAGGAGGUUCCAGCACUGACAUUGCAGCUCACCCAUGGCAAGCUGCCAUCUUCGUGAGGUACCCCCGGGUGGCUGGAGAGCACUUCCUCUGUGGGGGAAUCCUGAUCAGCUCCUGCUGGGUUCUGUCAGCUGCUCACUGUUUUGAGGAAGGUUUUAGAACAAAUCAGCUGAAGAUUGUGCUGGGCAGGACUUCUCGAGCAACUCCUGAGGAAAGUGAACAGAAAUUUCAAGUGAAGAAAUACAUUGUGCAUCAGAGAUUUGACCCAGAAACUUUCAACAAUGACAUUGCUCUGUUGCAGUUGAGCUCAGAUGCAGAAGAGUGUGCUGUGGAAACAGGCACUGUGGGCACAGCCUGCCUGCCCACCCCAGAGCUGCAGCUGCCUGACUGGACUGAGUGUGAGAUCUCUGGUUAUGGCAAAAGUGAAGAAUUUUCUCCAUUCUACUCAGAGCACCUGAAGGAAGGCCAUGUCAGGUUGUUCCCAGCCAGUCGCUGCACAGCACAGCACCUGGACAACAGGACAGUGACAGAGAACAUGAUAUGUGCAGGAGACACCAGGAACCUUGAUGAUGCCUGCAAGGGCGACUCUGGAGGGCCCCUGGUGUGUCUGAAGGAUGAGCGGAUGUACCUGAUUGGAAUCAUCAGCUGGGGAAUCGGCUGUGGCCGCAAGGACAUUCCCGGUGUUUACACAAAAGUGAUUCGUUAUCUUGGCUGGAUUCAGGACACCAUGAAACUCUGAGGAAGGAAAAUGAACCUUUCCAAUCCCGUGGCCGUGCCCUCAAAACUUCCUACUUUAGGUGUGCUAACAGGGCUUCCUGUUUGUCCAAUACUUACAACUGCUAGUACCAUAGGAAGACAAACGGCAGUGUGUAGGAAGGGCAUGUUCUCAUAAUAAUCUCCCUAUUACAGGUUAUUAGAAGCUAAUCAUCUUUUUCCCAUCACCAAACUUUCACCUUGCAUCAAAUCACAGAAGUACAAUAAAAAAUUAAUUCUGGCCCAUGCCCUCAAAACUUCCUUCUGGGUGCUUUAAGUGUGCUGACAGGGCUUCCUGUGUGUCCAGAUAUUUACAACUCCUAGUACAAUAGGAAGACAAACUGCAGUGUGUAAUACUCUCCCCAUUACAGGUUAUUAGAAGCUAAUCAUCCUUUUCCCCAACAUCACCAAACUUUCACCUUGCACCAAAUCACAGAAGUACAAUAAAAAAUUAAUUCUGGCCCUGAGUGAAUAAA